AUGGCUCCUAAACCAGCCCCGAAGAAAGCCGAAAAGCCUGCCAAGGCUUCGAAGGUUACGAAGAAAGCUGGCGAUAACAAGUCCAAAGCACUAAAAUCCAAGGUGCCACAGAAGAACAUGAAGGCACUGAAGGGUGUGAAGGGCGGAAAAAUUGUGAAAAGCAAGUCGAAGAAACUGGAUAAGGUUCAAAAGGCCUUGAAGGUCCAGCGUGCCUUAACUCUCGGUGCGCAUACCAAGAGCAAGAAGCGGGUGAUGAAGACGCCUCGAUUCCGGCGUCCGAAGACGUACAAACCUCCUCGCUGUCCAAAAGAUCGCCGUUUUCUCAUCCCAAAACGCAAUAAGUUGGACGCGUUCCGGAUUAUCCAAAAUCCAGUGACUACUGAGGCUGCCAUGAAGAAGAUUGAAGACAACGACACCCUUGUCUUCAUCGUUGAUCGUAGAGCCAACAAGCCAGCUAUCAAAGCGGCCGUUCAGUCACUGUAUAAUAUUAAGGUGGCCAAGGUUAACACCCUGAACUGCCCCAAGAAUGUGAAAAAGGCCUAUGUGAAGCUGCCGCCAGAUUUCGAUGCACUGGAUGUCGCUAACAGGAUCGGCAUCAUAUAA